AUGAAGAAAUUCUUGUCCGCUUCAGUCUCAGAUCUUCGUUUUUUAUCCACAUCAAAUGGAUCUUCAAAAGCAAAACAAACCAGGAAAGCAUCGCUUGGUCAAACAGUUUCUGAUGCUUUUCGAACGGUGAUUGUGAAAAAUCCUCCAAUGCCCUGUCGCGUGGAAACCCCAAACUCUCUCACCGAUUUCUCGGUGCUUCAACUCCGUCUCACCAACUUUAUUGGACCAAAAAAAUACGUGAAAAUUCGAUUCCUAUCAAAUUUGACUUCUUAUCUUCAAAUCUUUUUCAAUAUCAUAGACAAUUGGACAACUAUCAACUCUGAGCGAGUUUCCGAAACCCAUUGUGAGGGUGCUUCUCGUUAUUUACCCCGUCGAUGCCCUCUUCAACCAAAUACCCAUCAAAUUAUACAAGUGAAGAAAAAGGAUGAGUGGUUAAAUGUGAUGAUCGAUGGUGUCUGCAUAGCUCAACUUCGCACCCAAUUCGGUCUCUCAACAAUUGAUGCCAUUGAGGUUGAUGGUGAUGUGAUUGUGGAUGAGAUUAGUACAGUGCAAACUCAGCGACGCUACAGCCGGCAACUCAUCCGUGACCUUGUUAAA